GAACUUCUAUAAAUUGGAGUGGAGGAGAAACCUCGGAUUAAACAAGAUAAGAGAAGAGAAGGCUAGCAUUAGAGCCAAAAUGUCUCUUCGUUGCAUUACACCAUUGCCUUGCAGUAUGGUUGGACACAAGUUACAGAAGCCACCAAUCCAUAAGCCUCUUUUUUAUCACAAGCCUUUCAAUAUGCCAUACCUUAAAAAGAAAAUCCCUGCGCGCAGUAGACUUGCUAAAACUACCAUCAAUAUGGCAGUGAUAACCACUGAUGAAGGCAUAACACGACGCAUUGGCAAUCAUCACCCUAACUUGUGGGAUGAUGAUUUCAUACAAUCUCUCUCAAAAGCUUAUGAGGCUCCCUCUUAUGGUGAACGUGCUGAGAAGCUGAUUAAGGAUGUCAAGGACAUGUUCAAUGCGCUUCCAGUACAGUCUUCAUCUGCAGAGGAUCUGUAUCAACAUCUUUCACUGGUUGACCAUGUAGAACGCCUUGGAAUCGACCGCCAUUUUCAAACUGAAAUAAAAAAUGCUCUUGACUAUGUUUACAGAUAUUGGAGUGACAAAGGCAUUGGAUGUGGAAGAGAGAGUACUAGUGCAGAUCUAAACACCACAGCCUUGGGUUUUAAAAUUCUUCGCCUACACAGAUAUGGCAUCUCCUCAGACAUGUUACAACAAUUCAUACCUAAAGAUGAGAACUUGAUGCAUUUGAAUAGCGAGUCAAAUGAGGAGGAGAUUAAAAGCAUUCUAAAUUUAUUUCGUGCUUCACUCAUUGCAUUUCCUGGGGAGAAAGCUAUGGAUGAUGCAAAAUCCUUUUCUACUACAUAUUUGAAACAAGCUCUACGAAAGAUAAAUAAUUUAAAUCUUUCAAGAGAGAUAAAAUUCAAUCUAGAGUAUGGUUGGCACACCAAUGUACCUAGGUUGGAAACAAGGACCUAUCUUCACAUAUAUGGAGAAGAUAGUUCAUGGGCUUCCAAGACCAUCAACAAUACUUUUUAUAAAAAACUAUUAGAAUUGGCAAAGUUGGACUUUAAUAUGGUUCAAUCAGUACAACAAAAAGAGCUUCAAAUUCUCUCAAGAUGGUGGACAGAGUCUGGGUUGGCUAAACUAGAGUUUUCUCGCCAUCGCCAUGUGGAAUAUUAUCUUUGGGCAGCUGGAGGGUGUAUUGAACCCAAAUAUUCUGCUUUUAGAAUUGGGUUUGCAAAGUUGUCUGCACUUGUCACAUAUUUGGAUGAUAUUUAUGAUACAUAUGGAACUUUGGAUGAGCUCAAAAUAUUCACAAAAGCCAUUAAAAGGUAUUUAUUUAUUAUUAUUGGUCAAGUAGGGUGAUA